GAAAGAGUUUUGUUUAAUCCGCCGGGCGGGACGUAACACUAUUUUUCUAAUCACACCGGGAUUAUGACAGACGCUGGCUUCUUCAAGGGUACGAGUGCUGAGCAAGAUGCCAGGUUCGCUGAUAAAAAGAAAAAGUUAAUGAAAACUAUGAAAUUCGGAGAAAACUUGGCUCAAAAGGUUGACAUGUCCAAAAUUAAUUUGGAGUCUAUAAGACCAUGGAUUGUUAAACGUAUAACAGAGCUUUUAAACUUUGAGGAUGAGGUCGUCUGUGACUACAUUUUCAACCAACUGGAGGAGCGCCAUCCAGACCCAAAGGAAAUCCAGAUUAAUAUAACGGGAUUUUUAAACAGCAAAAAUGCGAGGGUGUUUUUGUCCGAACUAUGGGAUUUAUUGUUAUCUGCCAUGCAGACACCAGAUGGCGUUCCUGCAGCUUUUCUGGAGGCCAAGAAAGAAGAGAUCGCAAAGCGUCAGGAGGACGAAAAGUUUGUUCUCGAAAUGAGAAAGAGGGAAAAUGAGCUAAUUCAGAAAGGAACUAAUCGAACGUCUAACAUGAGUUCCGAACAAAUAGAUAAUCAGAAGCGCGUUUCGUCUGUCAAAAGCAAUGGAGUAGCAGAAUCUGAAGAGCCGGAAACUUUUACCAAUCGCAACCGUUCUACUUCACGAACAGCAUCACCAGCCCCUCAACCACCAACUACUACAGAAAGUCGUGAGAAACUCGAUGGAGCAACUAGUCGAACUGCUCAUCGAGAUGAAACGAGUUCGUCGCGUUCCCCUGAACAACACCGUCGCCGUCGUCAUCAUCACCACUCUCCUGAGAGAUGUCCGGUCGACACAAGACGCCGUAGAUCACAUUCACGCACUCGUCAUCGUCGUCAGCGUUCCAAAUCUCGCUCCAAGCUGGUGCAAAAGCCGAAAUCACCUGUCACUGACUGGAGAAAAGACUUGAUGGCCGGUAGACGUCGCAGUCCACCGGAAAUGCCUGAGAGUAGUUAUUAUGGAAACGAAAAACGUUCAAAAGGCCAUAAGCAUUCCAAAAAACACGAUAAACAAAGACAUGGUAACAGUCAUUCACACAAAUCUCACAAAAGGUCUCCGUCUCACAACGCAGACUAUUAUCGACCUCGCAAGCAUACUCAUAAUUCUGGAUCCCGACACCAUAACAUAGUCGAAGUUAACGAGAGAGAUCAAAGAGCAGGUUGUUUAGAACAAUCAAGAAAAGAUGGUUUUGCUGAAAACUACAGAAAAUAUGAAGGUCCUGACCUACCUUCUCAUUAUGAUUAUCGUUCAUCUAGUAGAUACAGACAUGAUGCUGAAUCACACGGUCGCAACGCAAGCCCAGAACCAAGCCGCGCGCGCGAUAGAGAAUCUGAUUGGCAUCUCAGAGAUCAUGAUCACCGACAUAGUCACCAUCCUAGUCACAUAAAAAGAAGAGAAACCUCAUCUGGACACGAAAAUUUAUCCUUUGAAAGACGCCAGUAUCACCGUUUACCGAGUCCUGAAGGGCCGUCAUUGCCCCCAAAUAUUUCCAAAAGACCUUCAGAUUCCAGGAUAAUCGAAGGAGUCCCCAGUAAGCGUACAAAACGUGAGACAUCUGCUUCGUCAAGCAGCUCAUCAACCAGCAGCAGCAGCUCUAGUAGUAGUGGUAGUAGUAGUAAUAGUAGUAGUAGUGGAAGCUCCAGUAGCAAUGAAAGCGAAAGCGAAGGAAAUGGAGAAGAAUCUAAAAAGCCACAAAUUAAAAUCCCAAAGAAAGAACCCACCCAUGAAGGUCCUGCUCUCCCUCCAGAGCUGGAGGUAUCUCAACCUGAAGGUCCUGCUCUUCCCCCGGAUGUUGAACUCGCCGUAGAGUGGUCGGAAAACCCAGCCCAUUCUGGAUCUACAUCCCCAAGUUCGACAACUUCAGGAUCUUCUACUGGUGACGAACACAGUGAGGAAUCGGGAUCAAGUUCAAGUGAUAGUGAUAGUGGCAGCAGUAGUAGUGGUACCGGUAGUAGCAGUAGCAGUGAAAGUGAUAAUGAAGCCAACACGAAACCUCAUAAAUCUGAAAGAAACGGUAAACACUCUAAAAGUCUUGGAAAUCAUAUGUCUCCUGAAGGUCCUGCUUUACCUCCUACCUCUAGCUCUAAUUCACAUAAGAAUGUUGAUAACAUCUACACUUUUGUAGCACAUGCACGUUGUGUAGUGCGAAAACUCUCCUAUCAUUAAUGUAGUUUGGUUAAAAAUUGAAUAAAAACACUUUCAUAUUGAUACUUUACUGGUUCAUCGAGGGUUUUAUUAUUGUAUCAGUUUAUCUCCGAUAGUGAUCUGAAUCCAGCUUUUUUGGUGUCUGGCAUUGUGAAGAAACAAUUAAGCAUUAAGUCAUUGUUGAAUACUCUUAUGAGUGAGUGGGAUCACAUGAAAGAAUUGUACGUGGUUGUUAUGCUUUACGUUUUCUCUAAGUCCUAGUAUUUAUAAUCAGAACUUGUGACAUCUGUAAAGGCUUGACCUGUUCUUACAGUAAUUCUGGGAACCUGAAAUAUUUAUGGAAAUUCGGAUCUCUACUUGUUCAUGUUGACAUAGUUCUAGGACUUCUUUUAGAACUAUAGAGUCAUCUAGCUGUUAUUAAAUCAUAGGUUAAUUGUUCAUCCUAGUUGUUUAAUACAGACGUUCUUGUAAUCCAUUGCUUGAAUUAUAGCCCUACUGACUAUCCUUUCAGGACAAAUUGAUCUAGUAGGUAUAUGAAAUUGGUGUCUGUUACGUAUAUUUAGUUUAGGCCUUUUGCCCCAGCGUCAUUGCAAAAAGUUAGUCAAAGUAAGAAUAACAAAACUCGCAGAAUAAAAUGAAUUUAUUUUAUAUCAGCUGCCAGGAGGCUUUAAUAUUCAUCGAAUUUCAUGCUUUCUGCUUUCUUACACUUUACAAGUCGGACAAGUUGUAUAGAUUUGGAACGUCGUUGACAUUCUUUGUCCACUCAGUCAUAAUGUAGCACUUUCAAGAAGUUUGCGUCAACACAAGUGCCCACAUCAAAUUAGGAUAAUUAGAUAAAAAUAAAAAUAUGGACAGCUGAAUGUAAUAAUAAUAUUAUCAGUGAUUGUAGAAGACUAAGCAAAGCAAAUGACUCACGAAGAAAGAAUUGGUUCACGGAGUAAAAUUUUCCAUAAUAUUGAAACUCAUAAUCUAGCAUUUGUAGGAAAGGAAUGCAUGCGAUUGCUCUCCUUACCUGAUCUUAGCUUUCUUCCAACCAAGACUACAUGUUGGAGUAGGCGUAACGCGUGUCAGCUAAAUCUGUCAGUGAAGAUUCACUGCUUCAUAUAUCGACUGGGCCAAUAAAAUACUCCUAACCUCAGCAUUAGUCACUCGGUUCUACUGUAUGCAAUCAUUGCUUGAGACAUCUUAUAGGUAAUGUACGUCUCCCAUUUUCACAGACUAUGUUUCACAGCAAUACAGAGCGGACAUCCUCACAUCGCAAGUAACCUCAAAUAGCAAAACCCACACAAGUUUUCUGAAUCCAUGUAUUGAUUUCAUCAUGCACAAAACCACCAGAGUCAAUGAGACCAAGAUAUGUGGAUUGGUUGGCGCACCCAACUACUUUACUCUCUAUCAUUAGUUCAGGUUGACGCAAACCGGUUAUAGAGCAACGUUUUGAAUUAAGGAGGGGAGGAAUGUAUCUCGUACGAGCUUAAAUUGUUUCUAAAGCCAUUUAAAAGACUGCAGUCUUAGUGUCUUCACCAAACAGGGGUAUGUCUUCUACGUACUCCAAGUAGGUGAAUGAGUUUAAAGAAGAGUGUGACAAAAACGGAGAUAAUGGACUCCCGUAACGAAGAUCACCUAAAGUUGACGAUUCCAACAAUAGUUGGACGUGAAUGUUGAUUCGAUCAAUAUUGCCCGUAUAAAGGGCUUUUACAAAUUUUGUAUACUUUAGCACACCUUUUAACGACGAACCGAGUGGUCUGGCACUCUGAUUUGUUUUAAGGAAGUUUUCAAGGCUCUCCGUAACCCUUUAAGCUCCUAACUUACGCUAAAAUUCGUACUUUAGACUACUUUAAGGAUUGAUAAAAAUACAACCAACUUAAGCAUUCUUCAUAUUCCUAUCUUCGAGGUAAACAGGGAAACUUGUCAGCUGUCUACUUUCUGAUAAUUACAAAAGAUAGAUUUAUCUUUAUAAGCGUCAAUUCAUGAUCCAUUUACUAGUUUGGAGAUUAUCUGAGACCUGAAUAAGGAUAACACUUGUUUUGUAGUAACCAUCUAUAUUCUAUUUUGUGAAAGUUUAUUUUUUUAUUUUUUUGUGUAGAGGAUUGACCCCCAUGAAUCAGUUGAAGAGGUUUUACGUCGACGGGCUUUGGAGUCUUUACUUCGGAGCUCACAAAAACUCCGCGGUUCUCCUUAGAUGGAAUGAGUCGAUUUCCAUUGAUUUGUGGAUUAAAUUUUACAAUAUUUUCCUCUUUUUCAUUAUUUGAGACAACACAUACUUUUGCCGGUUUAAAUAAAUAGGAAAUAAAUGUAAACAAAAGCUGGGUCAUUUUCCUAAAAAUUCUUCAAUAUGAUCAGAUAUUUUCAUAAUAAACCAGUGUAUUGUCAGUUGUCGAAUUUCCUUUAACCCCCUUUUGUAUAGACACCUCAAAAUUUCAUAAAUUAUGUUUUGUUGAAAUGAAUGUUAAAUUGUAUUUUUUUUUGAAGAAUUGCAUGUCUUAAUUAUACUGGGUUUUAUAAUAUGCAAUGUUUAUAUAACUAAACAAAUUGAAAAUAUACUCUUUCAUGAUCAGCGUUAAAUAUCUGUAUUGUAAGCAUGGUAGCAAACAAAGUUAUUUGCCAUUUUCUCUCUUCUUAAUCCAUUUGAAAUUUAUC